CUGCCGAGGAUGUUUGCAAUGUACACGCUGAGCAAAAUAAGAUAGAAACAACACGCAACACUGACUGCUUUUAGCUACGUUUUUAGAUAUUUUAUCCUUAAGGAUCGUGCUUGCCGCGCGCGUGAGUAUGGUGCGUGUCUUUGAGGCGUUCACUUGAAAUCCAAAGGGAACUCUGCAGGACUGAAAACGGAAUGGAUUUGACGAACGGAUUUUCGCCGAACAGGAACAUCCUUUGCCUGUUUGAUGUCGACGGCACGCUGACCCUGCCGAGAGAGAAAAUCGACCCACGCCUGGAUGAGUUCUUCCAGACUCUGCGGAGGAAAGUGAAAAUCGGCGUUGUGGGAGGAUCUGACUACUCCAAGAUCGCAGAGCAGCUUGGGGAGGGUGAUGAUGUGAUCCAUAAGUUUGAUUAUGUAUUUGCUGAAAAUGGGACUGUGCAGUACAAAGAUGGAAAACUUCUCUCUAAACAGGCCAUUCAGAACCAUAUUGGUGAAGAGCUGCUCCAGGACCUCAUUAACUUUUGUCUCAGUUACAUGGGACUUAUCAAGCUGCCAAAGAAAAGAGGUACAUUUAUUGAAUUUAGGAAUGGAAUGCUGAACAUUUCUCCCAUUGGCCGCAGUUGUACACCUGAAGAGCGUCUGGAAUUUUCUGAAAUUGAUAAGAAGGAAAAGAUUAGAGAAAAGUUUGUAGCUGCGCUGAAGGAAGAAUUUGCUGGUAAAGGCCUGAGGUUCACCAGAGGUGGUCUCAUCAGCUUUGACAUUUUCCCAGAGGGUUGGGACAAGAGGCUGUGCCUAGAAGUCCUGGAGAGGGAAGGCCUGGAUGCCAUCUACUUCUUUGGCAAUGAGACUUCAGAUGGAGGGAAUGACUAUGAGAUUUUUAAUGACCCUCGGACCAUUGGUUUCACAGUAUACUCGCCAGAGGACACAGCCAGGCUUUGUCAACAACUGUUCUUUGACACUCCGUUGCAGGAAUCCUGAUGUACUGAACUCAUUGCACUCUGCACUACUGCCCCCUUCCUUUAAGGCCCAGGCUGAUGCUGAAUUGUCAAGAGCCUGUUUUUAACGUGACAGCUACCACCUUAAAUUCUCAAGGUGCCACUAUUUGUGUAGUAACUCCUCAAAGGAAGGGACAGCCCCAAAUUAGGGAUUUGUCAGUACACUCCUUUUAAAAAUGGACCACGUGAGAUUUUAACUGUGUUAUUUUGUUUAUGCAGUCACUGCUACAAUCUGUUUUAUUUUCAAACUGUUUUUAAAUUAACCUUUGAGAUACUGUGCAGUGUUUAAAAUAAUACUCAAGAUAACUACUUUGCACUAGCAAUGACAGUAAUUGUAAAUUUAUGUUGCAAUUUAUUAACAGCUAAAUUCAGUAUUUGGGGGGAAAUAUUUUGGUGGAGGUAUUUUAUUAUAAAAUAAUGUAAACAAUGUAUACGAAGUGUAGUGCCUCAUUAUCUGCGAAAUAUUUUAGUUGCAGAACUGCAGGAAAUGGGAGGAAUUGUCAAUGGUUUGUUAUUUAUGCAUUUUUUAAAAUAAUGAUUGAGGAUUUCUCUUGUUUUUUCCACAUGCUUUAAACACCAAACUGACUAACUCAGUGGAUUAAGCUACUUUUUCUUCAUCAUUGACCUAUUUGUGUUUUUCUGCAUAAUGUAGCAUAUGUACUUUAUGUUUCAACUAGAUUUUUUAAUGAAUCAUGUAACCAUUUUCUGUCAAACUGUCAAAACUUCAGUUAACUCAGUUUAAAGCUAAGCCUUACGCAACAGGUACUGACACACUCCGAUUGACUGCCAAAAGGUUUUGAAUCAUCAGAAGUUAAUAAAAGGGCAUGUGUUUUAACUGGAA